UGCGACAUCGAUCAAACCAACUCGCUGCUGCUGAUCAGCUUUCUGUUGCCGAUCAGCUGGAGGGGAAAUUUGUCUCAUUCGUCCUUUGAUUCGUUGAACUUGCACUUACGCCCAAAUGUUUCUGAGGCAAUUACCGAUAGCACCUUGGCCGGGACGAAUAGUAGAGACAAAUCCAAUGCUCCACAACUGAAACAGAUUCCACCAGUUCCAAACCCUUUUGCAGGCGUUUCCAGCAUUAUCAAGAAUGGAUGUAAUUGUUUGAGCGGAUUGUGUAGCUGUUGUACAGGUGUUUUCAGACUACGAGGAUGUAUGAACUUAACAUAUAUUCCGGACGAUUUUGCAUUUGACUUUAAAAUGCUGAUCAACAACCAUGUUCUGUACCGCAAUAAGAUCGCUGGAAAAAAUCCAAAACCCGUUUGCGUAAAUCCACCUCGGUUGGAUUUCAUUGAAGUAUGUGCGAGGUUCUACGAUCUAUAUUUCGUUGGACGUAAUAUGCAUGUUUGCUUGGAAAUGAACGGAAACUUCGAAGGUUUUGAGCUGUUUUCACGGGAGUUCAACUGUUUACGGAUGGGUGAUAAAGGUAUAAAAAUACUCAAGCCUGGAGAGGAGUCUGGCAUUCAGAAACCCCCAGGCCUAGAAGCUGAAAUUGAUGCUGGUACGGAAGAUAUCGAUGAUUACGACGAAAUAUUAGCCUAAGUUGAAAAAUAUAAUUGUUAUUCGCAAAAAAAUAACUUAUUUAGGUCAGAAAAUUGUAAAAAAAGUCAGUCUUCCGUGGUUUGGACAAAUUUGGUUCUUUGUUUUCGACCGCUACGAUCUCCGGUAGAUUCUCGGAACGCCCCGAAAACAAUGUCAGGUUGGUCUUCUACUGCCAAGUUGUCUUGUAAGUUUGAUUCAGCUUCCCUCUAAGAUGUAAUUUAUUUUCUAGGUAAAUUUUAUUAUAAUUGUAUGUAAUUCGAGCCAAUUUGAAUAAAAAUAAAUACAAGAAUGUUAGUUAUUUUUCUAUUUGGUAUCUAAGGCUUAUCAUUUAGAACAAACGCGUACACUUUAAAAAACAAUUCGUUUGAUUGAAUGAACCGUUAUGAAGGAAAUGAAAUUUAUUUAUAAUUUAUUAUUAAUCAUUCAAAUACCCCUGCUUUAUCUUGAAAUCUGUC